AUGGCCGGCCGCACCUGCAGCUGCGGCCUGGGCCUCCUGCACGAGGACAACGCGCGCUUCCUGCUGCUCGCGGUGCUCAUCGCGCUCUACCUGCUGGGCGGCGCCGCCGUCUUCUCGGCGCUGGAGCGGGCGCACGAGCGCCAGGCCAAGCAGCGCUGGGAGGAGCGCCUGGCCAACUUCAGCCGCGGCCACAACCUGAGCCGCGACGAGCUGCGAGGACUCCUCCGCCACUACGAGGAGGCCGUCAGGGCCGGCAUCCGCGUGGACAACGUCCGCCCGCGCUGGGACUUCACCGGCGCCUUCUACUUCGUGGGCACCGUCGUGUCCACCAUAGGGUUUGGGAUGACAACGCCAGCGACAGUAGGAGGAAAAAUCUUUCUGAUCUUUUACAGCCUCAUUGGAUGUGCCAGCACCAUCUUAUUCGUCAACCUUUUCCUGGAGCGCCUGAUCGCCGUCAUCACCUACAUCAUGAAGUCCUGUCACCAGCGGCGGCUCCGGAAGCGAGGGACCCUGCCCCAGGACAGCCUGAAGCGCGAGGUGGACAGCAUGGCUGGCUGGAAGCCCUCGGUGUACUACGUCAUGCUGAUUCUGUGCAUGGCCUCUGUGCUCAUCUCCUGCUGUGCGUCGGCCAUGUACACCCCCAUGGAGGGGUGGAGCUACUUUGACUCCCUCUACUUCUGCUUUGUGGCUUUCAGCACCAUUGGCUUCGGGGACCUGGUCAGCAGCCAGAACGCCCAGUAUGACAGCCUGGGCCUCUACCGCUUUGCCAACUUUGUCUUCAUCCUCCUGGGCGUCUGCUGCAUCUACUCCUUGUUCAAUGUCAUCUCCAUCCUGAUCAAACAGUCCGUGAACUGGAUCCUGCGCAAACUGGACAGCAAGUGCUUGCGGCAGUGCCAAAGACGACUCCUGCGGUCACGGAGGAACGUGGUGAUGCCGGGCAACAUCCAAAACCGCUGCAACAUCUCCAUCGACACCGACGGGGUGAUGGAGAGCGACACGGAUGGCCGGCGUCUCUCAGGGGAGAUGAUCUCCAUGAAGGACUUCUUGGCAGCCAACAAGGUGUCACUGGCCGCCCUCCAGAACCAGGUGUCCGAAGCAGCCAAUGGCUGUCCCCACCAGGCCAGCACGUUGUCCCAAGAGGAUGAAUUCUCAGGGGGGGUCGGAGCCUUGGCAAUCAUGAACAACAGGUUGGCAGAGACGAGUGGGGACAGGUAG